AUGAUAUCAAAUUUAAAUUCAUCAAAUUCCAUAAUUACAAAUAAUAAUAACUUUUCAGAAACUGAAACAUGUAAUUUUACUAUUCCAAUGAGUGAUCUUUCAGAAACUGAAGAAGCAUAUGAACAGAGAUACAAUGAAAGAGAUUUUGGAAAAUGGAAUAUCUCUUCUAGCAAAAUGGCAGUAAAUGAAUUACUUUCUGAAAUUCAUAUAAGUGUAAAACUUUAA